CCUCGGUGGAGGGUUUCUGGAGGGUUUUCAUGCUAAUUUCAUCUUCUCUGUUUCUAACAGACAUAAGCUCAAAGGAAAUUAAUUUAUGAAGAGCAAUAGCCCUGCAGUUAUGGAUGGUAACAAUGAAAGGAUUCCUGCUCAAACUGAGUCAGAUGCCACAGAUAUAAAGACCCACACAUCUGUCAUACUCAAUGGGAAAGCCAAGACGGGCGACUUCAGUGCAACACAGCCUCCAAAGAUCCAUCCACCCAGUAACACUGAGUUACUGACCCGGCCUCCCAUGUCGUCUGAGCAGAAGGGAGCUACUGAAGGAUUUUCCACAGAAGAGCCCAAGGCAGUUCCCCUGUCGACGGCCCAUUUGGCAACAACUCUAGCCCCAGCUGACCAGUUAUGGAGCACCGGCAGAGAGCAGGCAGUGAGGCUGAGAAUGGAGGAAUCAGGGCCAGGCUCAGAGGCUCCCAUCACCGUCCAUCAGAUGUUCCUGGAGACAGUCGAGAAGUAUGGGAAUCAUCCAGCUUUGGUUUCCAAAAAAGAUGGCCAGUGGAUGACUCUAACCUGGAACCAAUACUACGAGCAGUGUCGUGCAGCUGCGAAAAGCUUUCUCAAGUUGGGGCUGGAGCGUUACCAUGGUGUAGGGAUUCUGGGAUUCAACUCCGCUGAGUGGUUCAUCUCAGACAUCGGCUGCAUCUUGGCCGGAGGGCUGGCAGCCGGGAUUUACACCACAAACUCACCAGAGGCCUGUCAGUAUGUGGCUGCCAACUGUGAGGCCAAUGUCCUGGUUGUGGAGAACCAGAAACAGCUCGACAAAAUCCUGCAGGUUAAAGAUCAUCUACCUCAUCUGAGAGCCAUUGUUCAGUACAAAGGCGAGCUACAGCAGAAAGCUCCGUUCCUGUAUACAUGGGAAGAGUUCAUGAAGCUGGGAGAGGACGUGCCCGAUGAGCAGCUGAAUGCUGUGAUUGACAGUCUUCGGCCCAAUGAGUGCUGCAGCCUCAUCUACACCUCUGGAACCACUGGCAACCCUAAAGGAGUCAUGUUGAGCCAUGACAAUAUAACAUGGACUGCCCAUGUGGGAUGUACCAUAUUAAAAGCAAAAGGCGGUGAGGAGAUCCUGGUCAGUUACCUGCCGCUCAGCCACAUCGCAGCCCAGAUGAUUGAUAUUUGGGUCUGCAUGGGCCUUGCUGGGACCAUCUACUUUGCAGAGCCAGAUGCCCUUAAAGGCACUUUAGUAAACACACUUAAAGAGGUUCGCCCAACUUGUUUCCUGGGAGUUCCUCGUGUGUGGGAGAAGAUCGAGGAGAAGAUGAAAGCUGUGGGAGCCAAAGCAUCCCCAAUGAAGAAGAGAGUGGCAGGCUUUGCCAAGUCUAUCGGCCUGCAGUACAACUACAGUGUCAUGAAUGGACAGAAUCAGGUGCCGUGGGGCUUCAUGCUGGCUAAUAAUCUGGUCUUCAAGAAGGUGCAUGCUGCUUUGGGCUUGGACCGCUGCAGAAUAUGCUGCACUGGAGCUGCACCGAUUACCAAAGACACUCUGGAUUACUUCAUGAGCCUGAACAUCCCUUUGAAAGAGAUGUAUGGCAUGAGUGAAAGCUGUGGCCCUCACACCGUCUCCAUCGAUGAAUACCGCGUCACAAGCUGUGGAAAGGUGAUGAUAGGCUGUAAGAUAAAGCUGGUGAAUCCAGAUGCGGAUGGGAAUGGAGAGAUCUGUUUCUGGGGUCGUAAUAUCUUCAUGGGCUACCUGAACAUGCCAGACAAAACAGCAGAGGCUUUGGAUGAGGAUGGCUGGCUGCACACUGGAGACCUGGGAAGACACGAUGAACAAAACUUUCUGUAUAUCACAGGAAGGAUCAAGGAGCUCAUCAUCACUGCGGGUGGCGAGAACAUCCCUCCUGUCCCCAUUGAAGAUGCAGUGAAGUCUGAACUGCCCAUCAUCAGCAACGCCAUGCUAAUUGGAGACAAGCUCAAGUUCCUCUCCAUGCUGCUCACACUUAAAUGUGUCGUGGAUGACAAUGGCGAGCCCACAGAUGAGCUGAAUCAAGAGGCUUUGGAAUUUUGCCAGCAACACGGCCUAAAAGCAACCAAGGUGUCCGAGAUUAUAGCCAAUAAGGAGCCAGCUAUUUACAGUGCCAUUCAGGCUGGCAUUGAGCGUGUUAAUGCCCGAUCAACAUCCAAUGCCCAGAAAGUCCAGAAGUGGGUUAUAGUGGAACAAGACUUCUCCGUCACCGGAGGAGAACUAGGACCCACCAUGAAACUGAGGAGGCCCAUUGUUGUGAAAAUGUACCAGGAGAAAAUAAAUGAAAUGUAUGCAGUGGCUGCAGGAAAACAAUAGAGUGCAUUGCACGGGGGUGAGAGGAGCUCAUGGGAUGUAUGGACAUACAUACUUUUUGUAAAUAAAAGACAUAAGUCAGAGUCAAAA